AUGCGCUCAGAGGAUGGAGCCACCAAGGCUCUCGGUGCUCAGACCAUCGAGACGGUCGAUCACCAGCCUGAUUCUGCGGCGAGUGCGAUGGCCCAGAACCUCGAGGCCAAGAUCCGUAACCCCCUCGAGGGUAUACCUAGGGAGCAGCUGAUGCGCGAUGUCGAGGAGUUUGCCCGCCGCAAGAACCUGACUUCCCAUAUUGCCGUGCUCAGGAAGGGGGCCCUCGUUGCGCAGAACCCGGGCGCCAUAGACGAAAUCGACGGCCCUGAAAAGCUCGAUGCCGAGGAGCUUCGCGUCCUGCACCAGGAGGUCACUCACAAGUGGCGCAUGCCCAUGCGUCUGUUCCUCACCAUAGCCACGUGCUCCAUCGGUGCUGCCGUCCAGGGAUGGGAUCAGACAGGUACCAAUGGUGCCAAUCUGUGGUUCCCAGAGUACUACGGUAUCGCUGACGAGUCUGUCCGGUCGCGUAUCCUCGUCGGCCUCGUCAAUGCUGGCCCUUACAUUGGUAGCGCCCUCAUCGGUUGCUGGCUGUCCGAUCCCAUCAACGAUCGGCUGGGACGUCGCGGCGUCAUCUUCGUCUCUGCCCAUUUCUGUCUCUGGCCGGUCAUCGGUUCCGCAUUUUGCGAGACGUGGUACCAGCAGCUCGCCUGCCGUCUUCUCAUGGGUAUCGGUAUGGGUGUCAAGGCAUCUACUGUCCCCGUCUACGCUGCCGAGAAUGCCCCUGCCUCCAUCCGCGGAGCGCUGGUCAUGUCAUGGCAAAUGUGGACGGCCUUUGGUAUCAUGAUGGGUACCGCCUUCAACCUGGCCAUCUUCUACGCCGAGUGGCAGUGGCGCUACAUGCUGGCAGCCCCCUUCCUCCCCGCCGUCCCCCUUCUCAUCCUCAUCUACUUCUGCCCUGAGUCUCCCCGCUGGUACAUGAAGAAGGACCGAUACGCCGAGGCGUGGAAGUCGAUGAACAAGCUGCGCUUCAACGAGAUCCAGGUCGCUCGCGACAUCUACUACAUCAGCUCCCAGCUCGAGAUUGAGCAACGGAUCGUCGGCGAGACGCACUACGCCCAGCGUUUCGCCCAGCUCUUCACCAUCCCGCGCGUGCGUGCCGCCACCCUGGCCGCCUUCACCGUCAUGAUUGCCCAGCAGAUGUGCGGUAUCAACAUCAUCGCCUUCUACUCUACCAGCAUCUUCAAGGAGGCCGGAUUCGACGACUUCAAGGCCAUGAUCGGCUCCCUCGGCUUCGGCCUGGUCAACUGGCUGUUUGCGUUCCCGGCCUUCUGGACCAUCGACACCUUUGGUCGUCGCUCCCUGCUCCUCUUCACCUUCCCCCAGAUGUUCUGGACGCUUCUUGCUGCUGGACUGUGCACUCUCAUCCCCAGCGACGAGGGCAACAACGACGUCCGCAGCGGUCUCGUCUGUCUCUUCGUCUUCCUCUUCGGCGCCUUCUACUCCCCCGGAGAGGGGCCGGUCCCGUUCACCUAUUCGGCCGAGGUCUUCCCACUGUCCCAUCGCGAGGCAGGAAUGUCCUUUGCUGUUGCCACCUGUCUCGGCUGGGCUGCUAUCCUGUCCAUCACCUUUCCCUUCCUACUCGAGCGUGCCUCGACCGUCGGUGCCUUUGGCAUGUACGCAGGCCUCAAUGUCGUCGCCUUCAUCAUGAUCUUCCUCUGGGUCCCCGAGACCAUGCAGCGUACCCUGGAGGAGCUCGAUUGGAUCUUUGCCGUCCCCGUCACCCGCUUCAUGGGCUACCAGGUCGGCACCGUACUGCCUUUUUGGAUCCGCCGCUGGCUACUGGGCGGGUUUAUCUGGGACCGCACCGCAGUCUGCCCGCCUCUGUACCAGUUCGAGUCCGUUGCCGAGACUGUUGCUCAGGGUAAGGAGGGCAUGAGGGCCGAGGCGGGACGCGCAUGA